CAUUUGCUCAGUAAUGCCAUAUGUGUCUGCGUGCUGCUGUGCAGUGCGAAAACUGUUAGUCAGACUUUGAGGGUGAAUACUGAGAUAAGGGGAAAUGGGUAAAAAACAGAAAAGCAAGAGCGACGACAGCACCAAAGAUGAUGUGGAUAUUGAUGCUCUUGCCGCUGAAAUAGAAGGAGCUGGUGCUGCCAAGGAACAGGACUCCUCAAAAUCAAAGUUGAAAAAGAAGAAAAGUAAAAAGGGCCAGGACUUUGAUGAGGACGAUAUUCUUAAAGAACUAGAAGAACUUUCUCUAGAAAACCAAGGGGGAAAAACUGACAAGGAUCUUUCUGUUGGCAAGAAAUCAGAAAGUAAAGAGGAGGACAUAGAUUUGCCUCCAGUCAAGAGUGAAAAGAAAAAAACAAGGAAAGGAAAGAAGCAGAGCUCUGAAGCUGAUGAGGAAGCAGAGCAAUUUGACAAUGGGAUGGAGAAUAACACUGAAAAAGCCAAAAAGAUGGCCAAGCAAACACCUGCUGUCCCUGCUGUUUCUCAAGAUAUUUCAGAGGAUGAGGAUGAAAUCAAGUCUACAAAGAAAGGUACAGGGAACAAAAAAAAUCGCAAAAAGGAUGCCUCGGACUCUGAAGAUGAAGAUCAGAGUGUUAAAGGGGUCCAGAAAACUGCAGAUAUUAGAGAUUCACCAGGUGAAAGUGAUGAGGAUACAGACAGUUUUUCCAAGAAAGGAAAAAAAGGGCAAAAGAAGAACCAGAAGCCUAAAGCAGGUGGUAGUACUACCAAGGUAGAGAGUGAUGGAGAGGAUGAAGAUGAUGUUGGCUCCUUCAAGAUUAAGACAGCAGCUCAGAAAAAAGCAGAAAAGAAGGAGCGAGAACGCAAAAAGAAAGAGGAAGAGAAGGCAAAGUUGAAAAAGUUAAAAGAGCAGGAGACAAAUGAGCCUACUAAAAAAGAAGAUGUGAAGAAAGCAGAACAGGCAGCACCUAAAGCAGAGCCUAAAUCAGUGCAGCCUGCUGUUUCUGAGGAUAAAGAGGGGGCAGAGGAUGCUGGAGGGGAAGAUGAUAAUGAUGGCGAAAAGAAAAAAAAGGACAAGAAGAAAAAAAAAGGUGAGAAGGAGGAAAAAGAGAAGAAAAAAGGUCCCAGUAAAGCUACUGUAAAGGCUAUGCAGGAGGCUCUGGCACGAAUGAAAGAAGAGGAGGAGAGGGCAAAAAGGGAAGAGGAAGAACGUUUGCGGAGACUGGAGGAGCAGGAGGCUCAGCGCUUGGAGCAGGAAAGAUUAGAGCAAGAGCGAAAAGAAAGAAAGAAACAAAAAGAAAAAGAGCGAAAAGAACGUUUGAAGAAAGAAGGAAAAUUACUGACCAAAUCUCAAAAAGAGGCUCGUGCCAGAGCUGAAGCUACAUUGAAAUUCCGAUUGGCUCAAGGUGUCGAAGUGCCAUCCAAAGAUUCAGUGCCAAAGAAGAAACCGGUAUAUGUUGACAAGAAGAAAAAGAAAAUUCUGCCACAGAAUCAGGAAGAACAAACAGAGGUAUCAUCACCUACUAAUGAGACUGAAGAACAGAAGUUGUAUCAACCCACUGUUGAUAUAGAAACUCAGCAAGAAAUCGAGACUCAUCAGACCAGGCAACAUUUCUCCAGUCUUCAACUGUCCAAUUUUGAUGAAGAAGUUAAAACUAUAAAACCAGAAGCUGAUAUUGAUGACUGGGAAGCAAUGGCAAGUGAUGAAGAAAAGGCAAAAGAGGUUAAGAAGGUACACAUUGAGGUAAAAGAAAAUGCUGAAGUCGAUCGGGGGAAAGAUGAAGAAGAAGAGGAAAGUGAGGAGGAUGUGGAUGAUGAGGAUGAUGAUGAGGAAGAUGAAGAGGAUGAAGAAGAUGAAGAGGAAGGAGAGGAGGAUGAUGAGGAAGAGGAUGAUAAGGGGGCAGACAAGAGCAUAGAUGGAAAAGAUCAAAAACAACUAGCAAUUUCAGCUGCAAAAAAAGAAAAAAUAUCAAGUAAGGAUUUUAGCUCUAGUUCAGAAACAGAGAGCGAUUCAGAUGAUGGACGCACUAAAGAGGAGCAACUCUACGACAGAGCCAAGAGGCGUAUAGAAAAACGCCGUGCUGAAAAUUUUAAAAACAUUAACCAAGACAAACUACGUGCUCCAGUCAUUUGUGUUCUAGGACAUGUUGAUACGGGGAAAACCAAGAUCUUAGAUAAGCUACGGCAUACACAUGUACAGGACAGUGAAGCAGGAGGUAUCACUCAGCAGAUUGGUGCUACCAAUGUUCCUCUAGAAACAGUGAUUGAGCAGACCAAGAUGGUGAAAAGUUUUGACAGAGAGAAUAUCAAGAUUCCAGGGAUGCUAAUCAUUGAUACUCCAGGUCACGAGUCUUUCAGUAAUUUGAGAAAUCGUGGAAGUUCUCUUUGUGAUAUUGCUAUCCUGGUGGUGGAUAUUAUGCAUGGCCUGGAGCCUCAGACCAUUGAAUCAAUAAACCUGCUAAAGGAAAAAAAGUGUCCUUUCAUUGUUGCACUUAAUAAGAUUGAUAGGUUGUAUGACUGGAAAAAGAGCUCAGAAACUGAUGUGGUUGCUACUCUGAAAAAACAAAAAAAAAAUACAAAGGAUGAGUUUGAUGAAAGAGCCAAAGCUAUCAUUGUGGAGUUUGCUCAACAGGGUUUAAAUGCAGCCUUGUUUUAUGAAAACAAAGAUCCUCGCACUUUUCUUUCUCUGGUGCCCACCUCAGCUCACACUGGAGAUGGAAUGGGUAAUUUAAUUGCCUUGCUGGUGGAACUUACUCAGACCAUGUUAAGUAAGAGGCUAGCCCACUCUGAUGAGCUACGAGCACAGGUCAUGGAGGUAAAAGCCCUACCAGGUAUGGGGACUACUAUUGAUGUCAUCCUUAUUAAUGGUUGCUUGAAAGAAGGAGAAACCAUCAUUGUUCCUGGAGUGGAAGGGCCUAUUGUCACUCAGAUUAGGGGUCUACUACUGCCUCCACCACUGAAGGAGCUACGUGUUAAAAAUCAGUAUGAGAAGCACAAAGAAGUAUCCACGGCUCAAGGAGUUAAGAUUCUUGGAAAGGACCUGGAGAAGACUCUAGCAGGCCUUCCCCUGCUGGUAGCUUAUAAAGAGGAUGAAAUUCCUGUAUUAAAGGAUGAACUGAUUAGAGAGCUGAAACAAACUCUCAGUUCCAUUAAGCUUGAAGAAAAAGGAGUGUAUGUCCAGGCAUCUACUCUUGGUUCCUUAGAAGCUCUGCUUGAAUUUCUGCGGACUUCAAAAGUGCCCUAUGCUGGGAUCAACAUUGGACCAGUUCACAAGAAGGAUGUCAUGAAGGCUUCAACAAUGUUAGAGCAUGAUUGCCAGUAUGCAGUUAUUCUUGCUUUUGAUGUGAAGAUUGAACGAGACUCACAAGAACUCGCUGACAGCUUAGGUGUUCGAAUCUUCAGUGCAGAAAUCAUCUACCACUUGUUUGAUGCCUUCACAAAAUACAGAGAAGACUACAAGAAGCAGAAACAGGAAGAAUUUAAGCACAUUGCAGUAUUUCCAUGCAAGCUUCGGAUUAUUCCACAGUGUAUUUUUAACUCCAGAGACCCAAUUGUCAUGGGAGUGCAUGUUGAGGGUGGAGUCCUUCGACUUGGCACCCCAUUAUGUGUGCCAACUAAAGGGUUUGUCGACAUUGGAAUUGUUACGGGUAUUGAAAAUAACCACAAGCCUAUAGAUGUUGCAAAGAAGGGCAUGGAGAUCUGUGUUAAAAUUGAACCCAUUCCUGGUGAAUCUCCAAAAAUGUAUGGCCGGCACUUUGAAGCGACAGACCUCCUAGUUAGUAAGAUCAGCCGACAGUCCAUCGAUGCCCUAAAGGACUGGUUUAGAGAUGAGAUGCAGAAAUCUGACUGGCAGCUUAUAAUGGAGCUGAAGAAGACAUUUGAAAUUAUUUAAAUGGGACUUGUCAGUGACAGAGUGUUACAGUCAUCGCAGCAGAAAGCUGAUGUCAGAAUCCUGUGGGAGCUCAGAGCGCACAGUCGACGGAAAUGUUUUCUGUGAGAAACCAGAUUAUUUCCACUGUUUUGGCAGUGAUCUGUUUUACAAGUACAUACGAUUCCAAUGUGCCUGUUUUUUUUUCUCGCCCCUCUCUUGCUUUUUCUAAAAUGGCUGCUGUUUUAAGGUGCCCUACCCAUCCUUCGGAUUGUGGAUUAAGAAAUCUAAAAACUGUGCUGAUUUUAAUUGUUUGAAACGCCAUAGUGUUUUUUUGAAAUGGUUAAGUUUCCGAUAUGCACAGUUACUACUCUUCAGUUAGCUGUUUCUUAAGGGGAAAUUGUAAAACCACUUUGUCCAGCACCGGGAAUUGUUUUUUUCUUUCAAGAAAACAGAUUGUCCAAAUUUUGGCUGUUUUGAAUUGCACAGCCAGAGCUGUUUAUUUAUAAAUGGAACAAACUCCUCACUUCAGCAGCAUUUUAUCUUUUGUACAGUACUAACAAGAUGGACCACUCCAGCCUGUACACCUUCAUGACGGUCAAUAAAAAGAGAAGAAAAUCGUGAUUCAUAAUGUGCAUAUAUAGGAAAGAUGACUGGAAACAUUCAAACAUCAGACUACUUUGUCGUAAAGUUUAUUUUAAAGCAGAUUAAAUAAAAGAUUGAUUUCUUUA